UGUCACCGUAUAAAACCAGAACGGUGGGACCGGCCAAAGUUUAGUUUGGUUCCAUUCUUACGGUCAGCGCGAAAUCGAAGUUUUCAGUGAUAUUUUUUUUGGUUCGCUGUUCUCGCAGAAUAUCGGUUUUGGAUUCAUCAGCCAUCCGGGGGUGUAAAAAUUCAAGAUGAAUUUGUUAAUAAGCGUCAUAUGUUUAUUACCGUUGUUGGUAAUUGCAACUCCCAUGGACGAUGGAUACGACUAUCCCAAGCCAUCCUGCCCGUUAGUAUACCCAUCAACCUCGACUGUAUCGGUUCCGGUGCUGGAAUAUGUUACAGUAAAGGAAUACGAAACCCAAACUAUCUACAGCGUGGCGAAACCAAGCACAAGCUAUUCAACAAUCAUCAAACCAACCACAACGACGGAGUAUAGCCGGAUCACCGAUUACCAAACCAGAACCGUUGAUCGCACUAUCCAGAAUACUAUCACGCGCACAGAAACCUUACCGGCAGAAACCAGAUAUUCGACUGAGACUAAAUACAGCACCCUGCCGAUAACGAUCAUCUCCACAACAGUUUCAACUGCUCGAAUCACCACAACGGCAACCAACUUCCAGAUCCAAACUUCGACCAUUCGGUACACGGAAACGCAAAAGAUUCCGGUAACGGAAACCGUUUCCGUUUGUACCCCGGACAAUGCCUAUCUCCCGGCAGCUUCCUGUCCACCGCCCCCACCCUCAAACGCCUAUCUUCCGGCUGACAUCCAGCCUCCAAGAACGGCUCUUUCUAUCGUUCCAGAAGCCCGACAAAAUCCACUGUGCCCUCCUCCACCCACGAUAACAUCCACCAAGAUCCAGGCGCUGGCAACGACGACCAUCAAAGAAACCAUCACCAGAACCACCAUCAUCCGCGGUGAAACGGCAACGAAAUUCCUUACCGUCACAAAAACGGCACUUCCUUCCAUUCGCGGGGGUGGCGGAGCGGAAUCGGUUGUGGCUAAGGAAGCGGUAAAGAAACUGGUCACGAUUACGCCCACGCUUACGAGUUACAUCUAUGCGGAUACGAUCACGAAAACCGUUUCAGCGACCCACACCCGCCGAGUGUAUGUUUGAGAGUAGCGCCCGUCGAGAAAACGCCUGAAGGUAGGCAGAGAAAAAAUAAUCGAUGAAAGACCGCGAAUGUUGAAAAGCGGUGGUCCAAUCAAAAAGUUU